AUGUAUUUAUGUUUCAAUGUACCUAUUUUAAAAUCAGUGUUGGGCACGUGUUGUUGAAAUUUUAAAACUUUAUAUUUCAACUUUAUCGUACGAUUGAAUCUACGAAUACUUAACACAAUGGAUAGAUUUGGAGGUCGCGGUGGCGGUGGCAGAGGUGGUUUUGGAGGUAGAGGCGGCGGUCGGGGAGGCAGUCGAGGUGGAUUUGGUGGAGACAGAGGUGGAUUUGGUGGCGACAGAGGCGGUCGCGGUGGCCGAGGGGGAUUCGGCGGCGGACGAGGUGGAGGUGGACGUGGCGGCGGUGGACGUGGAGGUGGUCGUGGGGGUGGACGCGGAGGUGCCAGAGGUGGGCGCCCGAGCGGAGGAGGGUUUAAGGGUGGAAAAACUGUAGUUAUUGAACCACAUAGACACGAAGGAGUUUUUAUAGCGAGAGGGAAGGAAGAUGCCCUUGUUACCCUUAAUUUGGUUCCUGGAUCUGAAGUUUACGGAGAGAAGAGGAUUUCUGUUGAGAAUGAUGGUAAUAAAACAGAGUACAGAGUGUGGAAUCCUUUCCGAAGCAAACUAGCUGCAGCUAUCUUGGGCGGAGUGGACCAAAUAUACAUGCCUCCUGGUAGCAGAGUCUUAUAUUUAGGAGCAGCAUCAGGAACAACAGUUUCACAUGUUUCGGAUGUAGUUGGUCCAGAAGGUUUAGUUUAUGCAGUAGAAUUCUCACACAGGUCUGGGAGAGAUUUGAUAAACGUUGCCAAAAAACGUACAAAUAUCAUUCCUAUAAUUGAAGAUGCCAGGCAUCCUCAUAAGUACAGAAUGUUGGUUGGUAUGGUAGAUACAAUUUUCGCUGAUGUUGCUCAGCCUGAUCAGGCUAGAAUCGUUGCUUUGAAUGCCCAGUAUUUCCUUAAAAAUGGAGGGCAUUUUGUGAUUUCCAUAAAAGCAUCCUGUAUCGAUUCUACCGCCCAACCCGAGGCUGUCUUUGCAUCAGAGGUUAAGAAACUGCAGGCAGAUAAGUUAAAGCCUCAGGAGCAGAUUACUUUAGAGCCAUAUGAGAGAGAUCAUGCGGUUGUUGUAGGAGUUUUCAGACCACCUGCGAAAAAUUAAAUGUUUGGUUUUUAAGAUUAAUAUUUUUUAAGAAAGGACUUUUUCUUAUGUAUUUUUUAAAUAAGAUUUGUUA